AUGGGGUUCCUUUCUCGAUUUUUCCGCUUUCCGCGGCCAGAGACCUUUCUCUACGUGAUGAGCCUGGAGACGGGCGCGUCGUUAAUUACCCUGUCGCUGCUACUAAACAAGAUUAGUGGUCUAUAUGGCCUCCUGGCUCUGUUGACUGGCUAUCAUCUCUCUCCCGUCCAACUGUCCAUGUACCUCUACUCCCUCAUUGCACUCGCCAUCGCCGCUCUGCUCUUCCCGCACAUCCGCAAACAGUCUCCCCUGGAGUGCCUCGCUCUCGCCUACCUCUAUCUGUUCGACAGUCUGAUCAACGCCGCCUAUACCGCCGCCUUCGGUGUGACUUGGUUCCUUGUCGUGUCGCAGAACUAUGAUAGCGCCAACGCCCCCGGGGGUGAGACGAUGUCCCAGACCGCCGGAUUCACUAGCCCCAAGUACGAUGCGGCUUACGUCGAGAUUCAGAACACGAAAGAUGGCAAUAAAUUCAUUGCGCACCCUCCUCGCAGUGUCGACAACCUCAGCAACGCGGUUUACCAGCCCGAGAGCUUCCAGAGCAUCGUCUUCAUCUCGUUGCUAUGGGCAAUCCGUGUCUAUUUCGUUCUGGUGAUGCUCGCUUUUGCCCGCCAAACUCUUCGCCUCUGGGUAGCCGUCCCCCGACACACCCAACUACCCACCCACAGUCGCAACGUGUCGAUCGCAAGUGUGGCAGAUAUCGACCGUGAGCCAUUCACGGCUUACAGCCCCGACGGACAGGGUUGGAAGGGCAAGUUGGGCCGUAUCAUGGUCAGUAUCGGCCACAGUUACUGGCUUGGUGAUGAGGAGGAUGGAAACUGGUUGAGCGGCAUCAACCAAAAGUUCCUCCACCGCAGCACCCCUAGUACAGAACUUCCUGGCCCCCUUGAGCGCGAGCGGAGACGCCGCUCGGGAACCGGCCCCCCUCAGCCUUCUCCCUCGAUUAUCAGAAGUGGCAACUUGCAGCAAAUCAAUGAGCAUCCGCCUGGAGCGAACGUCAAGAUGCAGGACUGGACCGAGCCUCGAUAA